CUCUCGCCCAUGCAACAGCAGCCACUACAAACUGAAGCUUUUGUUCGCACCCACGGUGAAACCCACAGCUCCCUCUUUGCUCAACAGCUAAUGCCAGCCCUCCCAUCUUCUAAGGGCCAGAUGCCCCUCCUUCAGACGCAGGACUUCCCCGACGGCCGCUCCUUUCUACCGCAGGGAACUGUCCUGCCUCCCUCCCGGGCGUAACAGCGGAGGCUGCCCUCGUGUUCCCAUUCCCACUGGGACUAGUCCAGAGCGCCCUGGCCGGCGGGUUGUUUCCGCGGCGGAGAUGCCUCGGGGCCCGUCCCUCAUGUCCCGCCCCCUAUGCCCCGCCCCCUCGGGGCGUGCGCGGCCCCGCGGCCUUAGUGCGCUCCGGGCCCGCGCGCCAUCUUGGCUCCGGAUCGUGCGUGAGGCGGCUUCGUGGGCAGCGAGAGUCACAGACAAGACAGCAAGCAGGAUGGAGCACUACCGGAAAGCUGGCUCUGUAGAGCUCCCAGCGCCUUCCCCAAUGCCCCAGCUACCUCCUGAUACCCUUGAGAUGCGGGUCCGAGAUGGCAGCAAAAUUCGCAACCUGCUGGGGUUGGCUCUGGGUCGGUUGGAGGGCGGCAGUGCACGGCAUGUAGUGUUCUCAGGGUCUGGCAGGGCUGCAGGAAAGGCUGUCAGCUGCGCUGAGAUUGUCAAGCGGCGGGUCCCAGGCCUGCAUCAGCUCACCAAGCUACGUUUCCUUCAGACUGAGGACAGCUGGGUCCCAGCCUCACCUGACACAGGGCUAGACCCCCUCACAGUGCGCCGCCAUGUGCCUGCAGUGUGGGUGCUGCUCAGCCGGGAUCCCCUGGACCCCAAUGAGUGUGGUUACCAACCCCCAGGAGCACCCCCUGGCCUGGGUUCCAUGCCCAGCUCCAGCUGUGGCCCUCGUUCCCGAAGAAGGGCUCGAGACACCCGAUUGUGAAGACCUGCUGAGCCAGCCUGUUCUCCGGGCCUGAAUGUCUGGGGUGCUUGUGCCUUUUCUGAGAAGCCCUGUGACUGCUCAACAUCCCCAUCAAGGUUUGAGUCCACAAAAGUGGACCUCCCUAUCAUGCUUCCCCUUCCCUCUAGCAUGUGGGAAGAGACUGCUGUGAAGAAUGACAGAUAUGGGGCCUCUGCCAAGUUCCACAUUGCUAAGUAAGGGCUUACUCUGCCUUCUACCUGCAAUGCAUCUGAACUGCCUUCUUAAAGAGGUCCAGGGAGGGAUUUAGGAAAUAAAGUUUCUACCUAUUUGAUGAGCCUCUACUCAGCCUGCUAUGUGGAGUGGGAUUAAAGAAAUGGGAGUCCCCGCCCUUACCCCAGGGGGCUGAUCGGGUGAAGACAGAGGAAGAGUAGGCUCAGGCCGGUGCUGGGAGAAUAUAGUGUCUACAAGAAGCCUCAGUCAGUACUGAAUAUAUCUAAUUCCCUGGGUAGUUAUUUGUCCCUGCUUUGGCCUGGUUUAGGAACACUGCCAGGUCAGACAUUUCUCUCCAUCUGCAGCAUACAGUAUAAUAUAGUGGUUGUGAGCGUGGACUCUGGUACCAACCUGCCUGGGUUUCAAUCCUGGUCUGCCACUUAUUAGCAAGUUACUGCUCUGUGCCUUAGUGGUCUUAUCCGUAAAACAGGAAUACGAUAGUGUUUAUCACAUAGGAUUGUUAUGAGAUUAAAUAAGGAAAUAUACAUAUAUGACAUUUAGAUACCACGUUGGCACAUAGUGCUAUUAAGUGUUAAUUGCUAUUAUCGUUAUUAAAGACUUACUUAUCCCAAAUGCAA